GACUGGGCCAAUGGAACACAGUGACAUGCUUGGAAAUAUGCAUUAUGGUGAUAUUAUUAUAGGAAUUUGGGCUGCACAUAAUCGGGUAGUUAAUAUUUUCUGAAAGGAUUUGAAAUCACAUCUAACAAGAUCUAUUUGUCUAACUUUAGGAUAAGGCUCACUGGCAUCUCAGGAUGCAAAAGAUGGAUGGUGUUUCCCUCAAACCAGCGACUCUCUUAGCACAAUGAUAAAGAAUUGAUAAGAGUCCGAGAUGACCUCCCUUUAAAACUGCUUCGUUAGGCACAUUUUCUUCCAAUUUGUGUCUACUGAACCAGACCAGGUGUCGUGACCUUUAAGUUAACUGUAUUCUGGGAACCCUUUAUAUACCCACGAGUAUGAUCUUUCCACCAGAAUAAUAGUUUUAUAAUGACCCCUGUCGGGGUAGGUUCCUUGUUCCUUGUCAAUCAUUGGCUUAUUGGUGAAAUCAGCAGUCAGAAAAAAUAAAUCAAACCUUUAUUAAUGCAAUUGCAGAGAGACUUUAACAAUGGAAGCACAGCAUGCAUGUUUCACAGUAAGUCCUGCAACCAACCAAAGGGCGCAGCUGAUUAUCUACUUUGAUCACUUCCCUGAUGGUGUGAUCAUCUACUUCAGUGUAUAUGUGCUGCAAUAAGCUGAGGUAACCUAGGACAGUAGCUUCUCUGAAUUCAUUAGCAUUGACCACUUUUCACAAGAUCAAAAUGGCACAAUGAGACACUUGUUACUUCUAUCUAGUUUCGGUCUGACUCACACCCAGCCUGCAGGUUAAGGGCUUAACCACAAAGAUGAAAAUAGCUUGUGCAAGGUAUAGUGUCAGACACAUAGCAACAGUACAAUAGUGAGACAAGCAUAUGAAUCUUAAGGUCCCCUUAAUCAAAAAUGGGGAGGGUCUUUGGGACCCUACACUCCAUAAUCCCUGGGCUGUUGGUGUCCUCACUCAGAGCCAUCUGCCUACAGAUCUCCAUAAGGUAACACACUGCACACCCACACAAACUCUCUAUAUUGUUGGCACCGGAAGAUCGUUUGCAUGACUGCAAACAAUAAAAUCCCCGGUCAAAUGUAGGAGAUGCCUAGACAACACUAUCAAUAUUGACUAUUUUCAGAGAGGAGCAAAGCAGCACACAGACAGUCUCUCCUGUUAAAAGCGUAUCGUUUGACCCAUGGCAAACUUCACUACUACAGAAGAUGACUGCUGCGCCUUUGAGUCUCCCAUCCUGGACCAUGUCCUGCCUCCCAUCCUGGUGCUGGAGUUCAUGUUUGGGCUGAUGGGGAAUGUUGUGGCUCUGUGGAUGUUUAUUUUCCACAUGGACACCUGGAAGCCCAACUCUGUCUACCUCACACAGCUGGCCGUUGCCGACUCCAUCGUCUUGUUCUGUCUACCAUUCAGAGCCGACUACUACCGACGCGGCAAGCACUGGAUCCAUGGUGAUGCCAUGUGCCGGAUUAUGCUGUUCAUGUUGACGGCCAACCGCGGCGCUGGCAUCUUCUUCCUCACUGCAGUGGCUGUCGACCGUUACCUCAAGAUCGUUCACCCCAUGAACAAGAUCAACCGGAUGGGCCUGAAUUAUGCUCUGUGGGUGUCUCUGGGCCUGUGGGGGCUGAUCAUCGCUGCAACCGGGUACCUGUUGACCAACAAACAGUUACUCUACCGCAACAACCAGACACAGUGCGAGAGCUUCAACAUCUGCAUGGGCUUCAGCCCGCUGUCUACGUGGCACAACACCUUAUACGUGACCCAGUUCUUCUUGCCCACUGCCAUUGUCACCUUCUGCACGGUCUGCAUCACCUGGCAGCUGAAGAACAAGACGAUCGACAUUGGGGGGAAGAUCAAACGUGCGGUGCAGUUUGUCAAGGUCGUGGCACUCAUCUUCAUCAUUUGCUUCUUCCCCAGUACAGUGUCUCGGAUCGCUGUGUGGAUCCUCAAGGCCUGGUACAACGAGUGCCAUUAUUUCAAAGAGGCCAGUUUGGCGUUCUAUACAUCUGUGUGUUUCACCUACUUCAACAGCGUGCUGAACCCCAUCGUGUACUACUUCUCCAGCUCUGCCUUCAGUGGGAACUUCCAGAAGCUGUUCAACAGACUGCUGGGCAGGAAAGAGGAGGAGGUACCGCCAGCCUCACCUGAGACUGGGACCAAGAUCAGCAGUGCAAAUACAGUGUCAGGGAGGAGUAGUAACCUCCAAUCACAGGUCCAGGGUGAGGGCCUGUACUCGCAAAGCGUCUCAGACUUAUUCAUUGUGAUGUAAAAUACAAAUCUGAUCCUAGAUCAGCAGUCCUAGGCUUACUCUGAGACGCUUUUAUGAAAAGGUACCCAGGAGAACAAAAUAUCUGACUUUGUGUGAUUUUUCUUCUUCUACUCUAGUGGAAUAUGGUGUGUUCAAAGAAUAUUAACCAGAUGUCAAGGAAGUCAAGGAAGUUAGAGAUAGUUGACUGUUAGAUACGAAUUUUAACAUGUUUAUGUUAUGUUGAUGUUCCAUAGCUAAAAGUAGAAAUUCAUGAAUUGGUUCGCUCAAUUAAGAAUUUGUUUGCAGUAUAACAGUGGAAUCUUUAAUGUAAUAUUUCAUAUUUACAAUACUUUGUCUUUGAGUUUUGUAUAUUUGCUGGUGAUUCAAGUAAAUUCCUUUUGAACUAGAAAAGUACAUUUCCUAAAGAAAAUGUGUGUGCUUGCUAGCUUGUCUUAAAGUAUUUAUGGUUUUGAAAUAAGUUAUAGUAGUGAUAGUGACUGCAGUAGCAAUGAUAGUGACUGGUUAUAGUUGAAAAAGUAGGCAGAUUUGAUUUGAUUAUUUGAUAGAAUAGGAUAGCCUGAACAUGUGAAGUUGGUUCGGUGUCUCUAUCUUGAACAGGUCAAGAGUUACUAUUAGUGUUGGUGGUUAUUUUAUACGAAUGUUAGUUGUUUUAAUGUUUGUAGAUGAAAUUGUUAAAAAGCAGUAGCUUUUAAAUUGUCUAGCACUGUGUUCUUAUGGUUGGCAUUGAAUACAUGAAGUGUUAUGCUAAUUUAUGCAAAUCAAAAUAGUUAAUAAAGGGUUAUAGGAAAUUUGACGUUAGGAUAGCCUGAAUGUUUUAAAGCUGUUGUAGCCUCAUUGGUUUAGGAGCAGGACCGUUUUGAAUAGCUACCACUGUAUUACUAUGGUUCUCAUUCAAAACAAUGUUAAUUUAUGCAUAUUUUUUAUUGUUAUAGUUCAAAAAGUAUAGAUAGGUGGAAAGAUUGUUUUGAUUGAUAACAUGAGAAAGUUAAUUUAGUGUCUCUAGCUUUAACAGAAAGUUAAUUUAGUGUUUCUAGCUUUAACAGAAAGUUAAUUUAGUGUCUCUAGCUUUAACAGAAAGUUAAUUUAGUGUCUCUAGCUUUAACAGUUCAAGAGUAAAUAUUACUGUUGGUGGGUUAUUUUAUGGUAAUGAAAAAUGAUUUAAAUAGUUAUAAUGUAUAAAGUGAAAAAAUGUUAGUUGUUUCAAUGUUUGUAGCUGAAAUGGUGAAAGAGCAGUAGCAUUUAAAAUGUCUACCACUGUGUUGUUGUUUGACUUUAAAAACAUUACAGUUUAUGCAAAUGUCUGCAAAUUAAAAUCAAUUAUAUUUGAUAAAAGUUUUAGAGAGCAGUUCUUCCACUGUUGGGAUAAAUGGUAAUGCAUAUUAAGAUGGUUUCUGUGGAGGUUAA